CCGAGGCGGAAGGACACACGAGGCUGCUUCGCUGCACACUCGAGAAAGUUUCAGCCAAACUUCGGGCGGCGGCUGAGGCGGCGGCCCAGGAACGGCGGACUUGGGGUGUAGGGAGCAGAGGCAGUGAAGCCUGAACUUGGGGACGAGGCGCGAGGCCGUGAGAGGCAGAAGCCGGAGGAGGGGAGGAAAGAGUGGGGGCUCCUCUGUCGGGACCCCCUCCCCAUGUGGAUCUGCCCAGGCGGCGGCGGCGGAGGAGGAGGCGACCGAGAAGAUGCCCGCCCUGCGCCCCGCUCCGCUGUGGGCGCUGCUGGCGCUCUUGCUGUGCCGUGCGGCCCCCGCGCGUGCACUGCAAUGUCGGGACAACUAUGAGCCCUGUGUAAAUGAAGGAAUAUGUAUUGCCUACCACAAUGGCACAGGAUACUGCAAAUGUCCAGAGGGCUUCUUGGGAGAAUAUUGUCAACAUCGAGACCCUUGCGAGAAGAACCGCUGCCAGCAUGGUGGGACAUGUGUGGCCCAGGCUAUGUUGGGGAAAGCCACAUGCCGAUGUGCCAUGGGCUUCACAGGCGAGAACUGCCAGUACUCAACCACUCACCCCUGCUUUAUGUCUCACCCCUGCCAGAAUGGAGGCACCUGCCAUGUGCUUAGCCGGGAUGCCUACAAGUGCACCUGCCAAGUUGGUUUUACAGGUAAACUGUGUCAAUGGACUGAUGCCUGCCUGUCUCAUCCCUGUGCAAAUGGAAGUACCUGUACCACAGUGGCCAACCAGUUCUCCUGCACUUGCCUCGCAGGCUUCACAGGGCAGAAGUGUGAGACUGACGUCAAUGAAUGUGACGUUCCAGGACAGUGCCAGAAUGGGGGCACCUGCCUCAACCUUCCAGGUUCCUAUCAGUGCCAAUGUCCCCAGGGCUUUACAGGCCAGCACUGUGACAGCCCCUAUGUGCCCUGUGCACCCUCCCCCUGUGUCAAUGGAGGCACCUGCCGGCAGACUGGAGACUUCACCUUUGAGUGCAACUGCCUUCCAGGUUUCGAAGGCAUCACCUGUGAGAGGAAUAUUGAUGACUGCCCUAACCACAAGUGUCAGAAUGGAGGGGUUUGUGUGGAUGGGGUCAACACUUACAACUGCCGCUGCCCCCCUCAGUGGACAGGACAGUUCUGCACAGAGGAUGUAGAUGAGUGCCUGCUACAACCCAAUGCAUGUCAGAAUGGAGGCACCUGUACCAACCGCAACGGGGGCUACGGCUGCGUAUGUGUUAAUGGCUGGAGUGGAGAUGACUGCAGUGAGAACAUUGACGACUGUGCCUUUGCCUCCUGCACUCCAGGCUCCACCUGCAUUGACCGUGUAGCCUCCUUCUCUUGCAUGUGCCCAGAAGGAAAGGCAGGUCUCUUAUGUCAUCUGGAUGAUGCAUGCAUCAGCAAUCCCUGCCACAAGGGGGCACUGUGUGAUACCAACCCUUUGAAUGGACAGUAUAUUUGCACCUGCCCACAAGGCUACAAAGGGGCUGAUUGUACAGAAGAUGUGGAUGAGUGUGCCAUGGCCAAUAGCAAUCCUUGUGAGCAUGCAGGAAAAUGUGUGAACACAGAUGGUGCCUUCCACUGUGAGUGUCUGAAGGGCUAUGCAGGGCCUCGUUGUGAGAUGGACAUCAAUGAGUGCCAUUCAGACCCCUGCCAGAAUGAUGCCACCUGUCUGGAUAAGAUUGGAGGCUUCACGUGUCUGUGCAUGCCAGGUUUCAAAGGUGUGCAUUGUGAAUUGGAGAUAAAUGAAUGUCAGAGCAACCCUUGUGUGAACAGUGGACAGUGUGUGGAUAAAGUCAAUCGCUUCCAGUGUCUGUGUCCGCCUGGGUUCACUGGGCCAGUCUGCCAGAUCGAUAUUGACGACUGUUCCAGUACUCCAUGUCUGAAUGGGGCAAAGUGUAUCGAUCACCCAAAUGGCUAUGAAUGCCAGUGUGCCACAGGAUUCACUGGUGUGUUAUGUGAGGAGAACAUUGACAAUUGUGACCCCGACCCUUGCCACCACGGCCAGUGUCAAGAUGGGAUUGAUUCCUACACCUGCAUCUGCAAUCCGGGGUACAUGGGCGCCAUCUGCAGUGACCAGAUAGAUGAAUGUUACAGCAGCCCUUGCUUGAAUGAGGGCCGCUGCAUCGACCUGGUAAAUGGCUACCAGUGUAACUGCCAGCCAGGCACAUCAGGUGUUAAUUGUGAAAUCAAUUUUGAUGACUGUGCAAGUAACCCUUGUGUCCAUGGAGUCUGUGUGGAUGGCGUUAAUCGUUACAGCUGUGUCUGCUCACCAGGAUUCACAGGGCAGAGAUGUAACAUUGACAUUGAUGAGUGUGCCUCCAAUCCCUGUCGCAAGGGUGCAACGUGCAUCAAUGAUGUGAACGGUUUCCGUUGUAUGUGCCCCGAGGGGCCCCAUCACCCCAGCUGUUACUCGCAGGUGAAUGAGUGCUUGAGCAAUCCCUGCAUCCAUGGAAACUGUACUGGGGGCCUCAGUGGAUACAAGUGCCUCUGCGAUGCAGGCUGGGUUGGAAUCAACUGUGAAGUGGACAAAAAUGAAUGUCUUUCUGAUCCAUGCCAGAAUGGAGGAACUUGUGACAAUCUGGUGAAUGGAUACCGGUGCACUUGCAAGAAGGGCUUUAAAGGCCAUAACUGCCAGGUGAAUAUUGAUGAAUGUGCUUCAAAUCCAUGUCUAAACCAAGGAACCUGCUUUGAUGACAUAAGCGGUUAUACUUGCCACUGUGUGCUGCCAUACACAGGCAAGAACUGUCAGACUGUGUUGGCUCCUUGUUCCCCAAACCCUUGUGAGAAUGCUGCUGUUUGCAAAGAAGCACCAAAUUUUGAGAGUUACACCUGCUUGUGUGCUCCUGGCUGGCAAGGUCAGCGAUGUUCAGUUGACAUUGAUGAGUGUAUCUCCAAGCCCUGCAUGAACCACGGUCUCUGCCAUAACACCCAGGGCAGCUACAUGUGUGAGUGUCCUCCAGGCUUCAGUGGUAUGGACUGUGAGGAGGACAUUGAUGACUGCCUUGCCAAUCCUUGCCAGAAUGGAGGUUCCUGUAUCGAUGGAGUGAAUACUUUCUCCUGCCUUUGCCUUCCGGGCUUCAUUGGGGACAAGUGUCAGACAGACAUGAAUGAGUGUCUGAGUGAACCCUGUAAGAAUGGUGGGACCUGCUCCGACUAUGUCAACAGCUACACCUGCAAGUGCCAGGCAGGAUUUGAUGGAGUCCACUGUGAGAACAAUAUUGACGAGUGCACUGAGAGCUCCUGUUUCAAUGGUGGCACGUGUGUCGAUGGGCUUAACUCCUUCUCUUGUUUGUGCCCUGUGGGCUUCACUGGCCCCUUUUGCCUCCAUGAGAUCAAUGAAUGCAACUCUCAUCCAUGCCUGAAUGAAGGAAUAUGUGUUGAUGGCCUUGGUACCUACCGCUGCAUCUGCCCAUUGGGCUACACAGGGAAAAACUGUCAGACCCUGGUGAACCUCUGCAGUAGGUCUCCAUGCAAGAACAAAGGUACCUGUGUUCAGGAGAAAGCAGAGUCCCGAUGCCUGUGUCCAUCCGGAUGGGCCGGUGCUUACUGUGAUGUGCCCAGUGUCUCCUGUGAGGUGGCGGCCUCCCACAGAGGGGUGCCCGUGGACCGCUUGUGCCAGCACUCAGGCGUCUGUAUCAACGCCGGCAACUCGCAUCACUGCCAGUGCCCCCUGGGCUACACCGGGAGCUACUGUGAGGAACAGCUUGAUGAGUGCUCAUCGAAUCCCUGCCAGCACGGAGCCACCUGCAGGGACUUCAUUGGUGGCUACAGGUGUGAGUGUGUCCCAGGGUAUCAGGGUGUCAAUUGCGAGUAUGAAGUGGAUGAGUGCCAGAACCAGCCCUGCCAGAAUGGAGGCACCUGCAUCGACCUCGUGAACCAUUUCAAGUGCUCCUGCCCACCAGGCACUCGGGGUCUGCUUUGUGAAGAGAACAUUGAUGACUGUGCCAGGGGUCCCCACUGCCUUAAUGGUGGCCAGUGUGUGGAUAGGAUUGGGGGCUACAGUUGUCGCUGCUUGCCAGGCUUUGCUGGAGAGCGGUGUGAGGGGGACAUCAACGAGUGCCUCUCCAACCCCUGCAGCUCUGAAGGCAGCCUGGACUGCAUCCAGCUGACCAAUGACUACCUGUGCGUCUGCCGCAGUGCCUUUACCGGUCGUCACUGUGAAACUUUCGUCGAUGUGUGUCCCCAGAUGCCCUGCCUGAAUGGAGGGACUUGUGCUGUGGCCAGCAACAUGCCUGAUGGUUUCAUUUGUCGUUGUCCCCCGGGAUUCUCCGGGGCAAGAUGCCAGAGCAGCUGUGGACAAGUGAAGUGCAAGAAAGGGGAACAGUGUGUGCACACAGCCUCGGGACCCCGCUGCUUCUGCCCCAACCCCCAGGACUGUGAGUCAGGCUGUGCCAGUAGCCCCUGCCAGCAUGGGGGUAGCUGCUACCCUCAGCGCCAGCCUCCGUAUUACUCUUGCCAGUGUUCUCCACCGUUCUGGGGCAGCCACUGUGAACUCUACACAGCACCCCCCAGCGCCCCUCCUGCCACCUGUCUGAGCCAGUAUUGUGCCGACAAAGCUCGGGAUGGCGUCUGCGAUGAGGCCUGCAACAGCCAUGCCUGCCAGUGGGAUGGGGGAGACUGUUCCCUCACCAUGGAGAACCCCUGGGCCAACUGCACCUCCCCACUUCCCUGCUGGGACUAUAUCAACAACCAGUGUGAUGAGCUGUGCAACACAGCCGAGUGCCUGUUUGACAACUUUGAAUGCCAGGGAAAUAGCAAGACAUGCAAAUACGACAAAUACUGUGCAGACCACUUCCGAGACAACCAUUGCGACCAGGGAUGCAACAGUGAGGAGUGUGGCUGGGAUGGGUUGGACUGUGCUGGUGACCGGCCAGAAAACCUGGCAGAGGGUACCCUGGUUAUCGUGGUACUGAUGCCACCUGAACAGCUGCUCCAGGAUGCUCGCAGCUUCUUGCGGGCACUGGGCACUCUGCUCCACACCAACUUGCGUAUCAAACGGGACUCCCAGGGGGACCUCAUGGUCUACCCCUACUACGGGGAGAAGUCAGCUGCCAUGAAGAAGCAGAAAAUGACACGCAGGUCCCUUCCUGGUGAUCAAGAACAGGAAGUGGCCGGCUCUCAGGUAUUUCUGGAAAUUGACAACCGCCAGUGUGUUCAAGAUUCAGACCAGUGCUUUAAGAACACAGAUGCAGCAGCAGCUCUUCUGGCUUCUCACGCCAUCCAGGGGACCCUGUCGUACCCUCUUGUGUCUGUUGUCAGUGAAUCCCUCACCCCCAAACGCACUCAGCUUCUCUAUCUACUUGCUGUUGCUGUUGUCAUUAUCCUGUUUAUUAUCCUGCUGGGGGUUAUUAUGGCCAAAAGAAAGCGUAAGCAUGGCUCCCUCUGGUUGCCUGAAGGUUUCACCCUUCGCCGUGACUCCAGCAAUCACAAACGUCGUGAGCCAGUGGGACAGGAUGCUGUAGGACUGAAAAAUCUCUCAGUGCAAGUCUCUGAGGCGAACCUAAUUGGUUCUGGAACAAGUGAACACUGGGUCGAUGAUGAGGGGCCCCAGCCAAAGAAAGCCAAGGCUGAAGAUGAGGCUUUACUCUCAGAAGAAGAUGAUCCCAUUGAUCGGCGACCAUGGACGCAGCAGCACCUUGAAGCUGCAGAUAUCCGCAGGACACCGUCGUUGGCUCUCACUCCUCCGCAGGCAGAGCAGGAGGUGGAUGUGCUGGAUGUGAAUGUCCGCGGCCCAGAUGGGUGCACCCCACUGAUGCUGGCUUCUCUCCGAGGAGGCAGCUCAGAUAUGAGUGAUGAAGAUGAAGAUGCAGAGGACUCUUCUGCCAACAUCAUCACAGACUUGGUCUACCAGGGUGCUAGCCUCCAGGCUCAGACAGACCGGACUGGUGAGAUGGCCCUGCACCUUGCAGCCCGCUACUCGAGGGCUGAUGCUGCCAAACGUCUCCUGGAUGCAGGUGCAGAUGCCAAUGCCCAGGACAACAUGGGCCGCUGCCCUCUCCAUGCCGCAGUGGCCGCUGAUGCCCAGGGUGUCUUCCAGAUAUUGAUCCGCAACCGAGUAACUGAUCUAGAUGCCAGGAUGAAUGAUGGUACUACACCCCUGAUUCUGGCUGCCCGCCUAGCUGUGGAAGGAAUGGUGGCGGAAUUGAUCAAUUGCCAAGCAGAUGUGAAUGCAGUGGAUGAUCAUGGAAAAUCUGCUCUUCACUGGGCAGCUGCUGUGAAUAAUGUGGAGGCAACCCUUUUGCUGUUAAAAAACGGGGCCAACCGAGAUAUGCAGGACAACAAGGAAGAGACACCUCUGUUUCUUGCUGCCCGGGAGGGGAGCUAUGAAGCUGCCAAGAUCCUGUUGGACCAUUUUGCCAAUCGGGACAUCACAGACCACAUGGAUCGUCUUCCCCGGGAUGUGGCUCGGGACCGCAUGCACCAUGACAUCGUGCGCCUCUUGGACGAGUACAAUGUGACACCGAGCCCUCCAGGCACUGUGCUGACUUCUGCUCUCUCACCUGUCAUCUGUGGGCCCAACAGAUCUUUUCUCAGUCUGAAGCACACCCCGAUGGGCAAGAAGUCUAGACGGCCCAAUGCCAAGAAUGCUGUGCCCACUAGUCUCCCUAACCUGGCCAAGGAGGGCAAGGAUGCCAAGGGGAAUAGGAGGAAGAAGUCUCUGAGUGACAAGGGCCAGCUGUCUGAGAGCUCAGUGACUCUCUCCCCUGUCGAUUCCCUAGAAUCUCCUCACACUUAUGUUUCUGAUACCACAUCCUCUCCAAUGAUCACAUCUCCUGGAAUCUUACAGGCCUCACCCAACCCUAUGUUGGCCCCUGCUGCGCCCCCUGCCCCAGUCCAUGCACAGCAUGCACUGUCCUUCUCUAACCUUCAUGAGAUGCAGCCCUUGGCCCAUGGGACCAGCACUGUGCUUCCCUCAGUGAGCCAGCUGCUGUCCCACCACCACAUUGUUCCCCCAGGCAGCAGCAGUGCCGGGAGCUUGGGUAGGCUACAUCCAGUCACUGUCCCAGCAGACUGGAUGAACCGCGUGGAGGUGAAUGAGACCCAGUACAAUGAGAUGUUUAGUAUGGUCCUGGCUCCAGCUGAGGGCACCCACCCUGGCAUAACUCCUCAGAGCAGGCCGCCUGAAGGGAAGCAUUUAACCACCUCUCGAGAGCCCUUGCCCCCCAUUGUGACUUUCCAGCUAAUCCCCAAAGGCAGCAUUGCCCAACCGGCUGGGGCUGCCCAGCCUCCAUCCAACUGCCCUCCAGCUGUUGCAGGCAAUCUGCCCACUAUGUAUCAGAUUCCAGAAAUGGCUCGUUUGCCCAGUAUGGCUUUUCCCACUGGCAUGAUGCCCCAGCAGGAUGGGCAGGUUGCUCAGACCAUUCUCCCAGCCUAUCAUCCCUUUCCAGCCUCUGUGGGCAAGUACCCCACACCACCUUCACAGCAUAGUUAUGCUUCCUCCAAUGCUGCUGAGAGAACGCCCAGUCACAGUGGCCACCUCCAGGGCGAGCAUCCCUAUCUGACACCAUCCCCAGAAUCUCCUGACCAGUGGUCAAGUUCAUCACCCCACUCUGCUUCUGACUGGUCAGAUGUGACCACCAGCCCUACUCCCGGGGGUGCUGGAGGAGGUCAGCGGGGACCUGGGACACACAUGUCUGAGCCACCACGCGGCAACAUGCAGGUUUAUGCAUGAAAGAGUCUGCCUCCAGCGUAGGGUCAGAACUCUUAUUGUAAAUGCUGCUGAGGAACAAAUGAAGGUCAUCCGGGAGAGAAAUGAAGAAAUCUCUGGCACCAGCUUCUGGAGGCAGGAGCGAGGAGAGGCUCUUAACUUGUAGAUGAUGCAAAGGAAGCAAUAUAUAUAUUAGCUUCACUGUGUAUCUGCAGGGUUUUGGAGAGGGAGGGACAAGGCUCCUUGUAAUUUCUUGCCCAUCAAGCCCAAGGUCAUGGAAUUGCAAGAUGAAUAUAAGACUUGGGACCAUGUUUCCUCUCUUCAAUAUGAAGAAUAAGAUGGAUGCCUGACAAAGCUCAGACAUUCUUGCAGCUUGGACUGCAUGUUCAGCCCUGGGGGCUUCUGCCAUAUCCAUGAGAAGAUUCUGCAGUAGAAUCCUAUUGGGAAUUGUGCCCUGGAAUUCUGCCCAAGUGGAACUAUCUCAUCUUCUCAUCUUUGGAAAGUCUUUGACUUCACCUGGUGCUUUUAAUUGUUGCACCUCUCUGUGGCUGGAACCCCACCUGCAUGUUAUAGGGCAAGACUUUUGUGCUUUUAAUCAUUCCUGCUCUGGAAAGCACCUGCAGCCUCCUUUCCCCUUCCUAUUUUCCCAGUGUCCCUAGAAAUCUCACAGGGUUUUCUUUUAUGGUUCUCAGCAGAAACCUUUCAAGUAUAUUUCUUUAGAAAAUGGACAUAGUGCAUUCUCCUACUUAAUAGCAUUCCUAGAAGAAGAAGGGGAGCAAAAUAUUUUUCUUUGAACCCAUUUAGGGGACCAGAAGCCCCUUCAAGAGGCUGCACCUAAAUUCUCUUGCCUGCAUACAAGGUUCCUACAAAACUUCCCAGGAAGAAGAGUUAGAAUCUGUUGUUGUUCCAUUUUGGGGCCUAGUAAGUGUGUAAGGUUUAUUCUUGGCAGAGUAAAUAAUAUGACCCCAUUUAAAAAACAAAACAAAACAAACAAACAAAAGGUUUGGAAUGUUGGAAUGACGAAGAGAUAAGCUAACUCAUGCAGGAAGUGGUUACCUACUAACAGGUCCCUGCCAAGCAUUCCAUUGAUUGCCUGUGGGAAACAUAUUUGUUCCCAGGUUUGAGAACCUCUGCCUGCUUCACUCAGGCACCCAGCAGAGGAAGAUUGUCUUAGCUGUUGAGCCUUCCCCUCCAUGUAUCAUCACAGAAGAAAAUAUCUGAAAUGAUAUCCCUUGCUGUUUAGAACUGAAAUUUCCUCCACUCAAGGGCCCCUGUGGCAGUUGUCUUUCUGUUGUCAGAUGGUCAUAGUCUCUACUUCCUGAUGUUCCUUCUGAUUCCAGGCCCCUUCGCCUGUGUUCCCUCCAUGCUCUGUGGUCCAAUUGCAGAUGCACUCAACAAGUUCUCACUAAACACCUGUGUUUUCUAUGUUCAAGUGUGGGAAAGAGAACAUCAGCCUAGUUUUCUAGGACCUAAGCCACCCUUAUAAGAAGGCCAGGAAGGGAAGAACUAUGCAGUAGCCUUUGCUGUCUUUUGCUACCAUUGAUUUUCCUUUCAGUCAUGAGAUUCCCUAUUGGGCAGCUAGUAUAGACACUUAUCAGGGGAAUUUUUCUUUCAUACAGUCACCUAGGUAAUGGACCAUGACAGUCAUUCUCAUGUCUUGUCUUCCUCAUGUUCAGAUUGAGAUUGCAUCUCACCUGAGUCUGCUUCCUGUAUGUGUGGUCUUGGCAACUUUCUGGACCCUCUGUCAAGGAAAGACACAUUCUAGCAAACACUUGAGAUAGGGGAAAAAUACGGAGUUCCCGUCGUGGCUCAGUGGUUAACGAAUCUAGGAACCAGAGGUUGCGAGUUCGAUCCCAGGCCUAACUCAGUGGGUUAAGGAUCUGGUGUUGCCAUGAGCUGUGGUGUAGGUCGCAGACAUGGCUUGGAUCCUGCAUUGCUGUGGUUCUGGUGUAGGCCGACAGCUACAGCUUCCAUUAGACCCCUAACCUAGGAACCUCCAUAUGCCAUGGGUGCGGCCCUAAAAAGACAAGGCAAAACAAAAAAGAAAUAGGGGAAAAACAGUGUUCUUCCUCUUCCAGAGUCAGCUAAUAACUGGUCCUUUAUCCACACUGGUCCCUUCUGCCUGGUGCUAUGAUGUCAUGACACAUGGAAAAUUAGUUCUGCUGGGAGCAUUUUGCAGAUGUUAGUAGGUGGUCUGCCUGCCCUGUGUUGGCUUCGAUGAUGGUCUUCAUUCCUGCCUUGCCUGGGAGUUUUUAUCACUUCCUCCCAUUUACCUGAUUUAUUUUGUCUGUGUGUGGCUUUGUCUGGCUUCACAUGGAAACCCUGUGUGUCCGUUAACAUGGACAUCUAUGAAGGGUUUUUCAGUCCUGUCCAAGUUGAACUAAAAAAUAAUUAGUUCUUCCCUAUUUAAGCAGAUUUUUGUUCAUUCUGUAUUUUAUUCUCUCACAUGGCAACUCUACCAGCCCCUUUUGUAAUGUGUGUUAUUUUAUCAUUCUAAACGGUGACCGACUAUCCCUGGACCCAUUUGUUGAUUCACAGACCGGGAGAACCCAUCUACAUGGACCACUGUGCACCCCACCACUUCUACACUUUUCUGACAUCCCAUUCUAGCCCCUCUUCCUGAAAGUGUCAGCCUCUGGCCAGGAGCUCCAUCCCUUAUAGCCUCCAUCUGCAAGCACACUGCAGGCCUAACUUGCUUGUUCCUCUUUGGGAUUCUUUGGGUUUGGGGACGUGAAUAUGAAAGCUUCCAUUAGAGACCACGAACGAGCCUCAGUGAUGAGGAGGAAGACACUGCCUUUCAAGCAUUUAUCAAUCACUUAGAUUGUAAGAAUCCUUGAGUUGUAUAGUAUCUAGUAAGAGAGAAGGUAAGAUGGAAAAAUCCCUUUAUCUGGGUUCUGAAUUGGAGAUUAAGUUUGUAUGGAACACAUCUUUUAUGUCAGGUACAGGUGACCCUCUGUGCCUCCCACAUUUUUGUUUUAUCUUUAUAAAUUUUUCCUUUAAUUCCACUUCUGUCUGCCUUUGGGGAUAUAUAUAUUUUUUUUUUAUUUGUCUUGUGUUAAGCAUCAUUUUCUGACUUACAUAGUGGUGAGGAAGAGAGAGGUUUGAGGGAAAGAGAGACUGAGAAAGAUUUUAUGUAAGCAAUCAGCUGUGAUGCACAAGCCCAUUAUAUCAUCUUAUUCUUAAAUUUGCUAGUUCAUAAUUCUUGCAUAGAAAAGAACCAAAGGAGUAAUUUUGUUGGCAGGUGGUUUAGGGAUUUUGGCCUUAACUAAUAUACUGAAUGUAUGAUAACUGUUUGAGAGGACAAGUUUAUAUGCCCUGAGGCUCCCAGUCAUAACUGUUUGGUACUUCUUUGUGGUACUUCUUCUGUUUGUGGCUUCUUUGUGUACAUUUCUCUUAAAAGUGAUAUGGUAUCUGUUUGUAUGAGAAACCCAAUAACCAAUAAAAUGACUGCAUAUUCCUAACUAUAUACAUAGCGAGGAAAAUGCACAGUUUUUAAUUUUCAAAGUGUCAUUCUAAAAGUAGUUAAGACAAAAUUUAUAAGAAAGCAUUUUUAUCACAAAAUAAAAAAGUUACAUGUCAAGCUCAGUGGCACUGCAGUUUUUAUUUGCCAUUCUUGCAUCCCUGGUCUUGCAGUGAUUUACCUCAUGAUGUCAUGAUUUGCUAAGAGAAAACAUUUUCUUUUCAUUCUGAAUCCCACAUAGCCUAGCACUAGUCUUCUUUUUUUCUUUUUCCAGGCAGAAAAUAAAUACUUUCGAGGAAAAAGUUCCUGUCAAAUAAGAAGCAUCACAAGAUCGAGUUACUUUCUGUGUACUAACUGGUGACAUGGACAACUGCUCAGGAUAAAGUGCCUCCCAAGGAAAAUGUAGAGUGUUUGCUAAAGUCAGAGUUGAGAUCUGGGAUAUAACUAACGAAAGCAAUGGUGCUGUUAAGUAAAUCAUUAGUUUCCAAUACUACUUGUCAUUAAAUUUUGUAUAGAGUUAAAAUAUACAGCUAUAAAAUAUUAUUUUGCAUAUAUAUGGUAGCAAGUUCAUUCAUACACUUGUAAAGUCAAUCAGUGAGAAGUCUGAACACAAAUAUUUGACAUUGAUGCUAUAAAUAGCAUUUUAAACAAUUGGUAUCAUAUAUUGGUUAUCCUGAGAGUGUUAUAAUUUUAUGUAAAACAUAUUUGAGCUUUUAUCUUGGGUUUUUAAAUGUUGUAAAAAGAAAAUGCAUUUGAGAGCUAAGAAAUGUCUCAUGCAAGUCUGGUUCUCUGCAGGCUGGCUUCUCAGAGUUUUUCAGAUUCUGGCAAUGGCAGUGGCAACUGGCUCCAUGGAAACCUACUGCAGUGGAUCUGAUCUGCCUAUCAUCCUACCCCUGCAAUGGCAAGCAUAGAAAACUAGUGCAUGAACUGCAGGGACUAUCCAGGUCUUUCCCAGGCAUGACAUGCGAGAAGGGAGAGCAGGGCUGGAGGCCAAGGGCUGCCACAUCACACAGCUGGAACAAUAGACUUGGACACCAGGCCACGGUCUGGGCUUCCCUGUCAUGCAGCUAAAAGGCCCAAGGAGGGGGGAGAGUUCUUUUCUCAGAACUUGAUAAUAGAACUGUCAAUGUCCGCACUCUGUCCGUGAGUAGGCAGACUGCAAGCCUGUUACUGCCUGCUUCCAAGUUAUCCCACUUAACACUGCCUCAGGCUUGCUGUGUGAUGGUUGGGUCAUUCACCUCAUUUGGUGACAGUAUUUUUAAAAUGAAAUAUGAACCAGUUGCUUGCAAAAGUCCUGAAGAGAGGUGGUACAUGUGAAGUAUAUGUGUUUGCAGAUGUGUGAAUGGGUGUGAAACAGAGAGUGAAUAUAACUUUUCCUUCCUUUGAAAUGGACUGUAACAAAAUGCAUUUAAAACAUUUGCACCAGCCUAGUCCCUAUUGCAGAGUGUGGGCAAACUCAGAAUAAUUCAAGAAGGGCAUAUUUACCAAAACUAAUUAUUUUUUAAAUUUUUAAAUUAAAGUAUAAUUGAUUUAAUGUUGUGCCAAUUUCUGCUGUACAGCAAAGUGACCCAGUCAUACACAUAUAUACAUUCUUAUAUUAUCUUCCAUCACUACCACAACCAAUUGUGAAGUGUGUGUGAGAUGUAGGGGAACACUAAGGGAUGGUAUAGCAAGUCCUAGUUAGCAUCAGCAGCUAUAAGCUCUCCCUGGUCCAAAGGGAUGAAGGCAGGGAGAGGUUACUAGAAACUGGAAGGAGGGAGUCCUGUAGAACACAUUAGCUCAAGGAGAGUUGUGGGUUCCGCCAGGGGAAGGAAGCCGGGGAAUGAACACCAUGAUUUCAUCCCUGCCACACUUCCACCCUGGACCCUCUUUGCUGAAUCCAAGUGGAGGUCUGAAAAUACAAGAGUUGGUUGGAAUUGAUCCUUAGGUACAGGUCGGCUUCCUGAGGCAGAGAUCCUGGUGGAGAAAGGAAGAGACUAGGGCGCAAGUACAGCAUUAUCCAAAACUUUUUUUCGCCAAUGAUUGCAUUUCUAAAAAACUUCUGCUGAAGUUUGAUAUGUGAGAACAAGAGGCACAUAGAAUUCUUUUACAAGAAGUAAAAGAAUUAUAUAUUGAUAAUCCUGACUUUUCCUGAUCGACUACUGUAUCUCUUCACCACCUUGUCUCUGACCACCCAAACCAAAGAAAGUCAUUAGCAAUAGGAUGGAUAAAUGAUAGUGCUGUCGUUCUGUGGAAUACUACACAGAAAUAAAAAAAAAAAAAACAUGCAA